AUGGCUUCUUUCCAACUUGUUAACACCUUCACCAACACCACAAGAAAACUGCCAGAUUCCACCUCCAGCCGCUGUUUCAAGACUCACCCCCAAAAAAACCACCGCUUCAAAGUCUCAUGCAACGUCGCACCAGAUGGCAAUGAGAAGCUACUCUUAGUCCCAGAUAGCAAAAACCUUAUACUGCCAAAACCAUCUCUCGACACGCUUAAUGUAGAUCGGAGGAACUUGCUACUGGGACUCGGUGGCCUUUACAGCACCGUCAACUUCAGCUCUCUUCCGGCGGCCAUUGCCGCCCCUAUCACCACGCCUGACAUCUCCACAUGCAUCCCGUCAGAGCAAGGCUUCAACGUGCAGGACUCCGUAAGAAGCAACCAAUGUUGUCCGCCGAUGAUGACCACAACCCCGAAAGACUUUGUGUUCCCUAAAGACAACGCAAUCCGGGUUAGACCAGCGGCACAUAGAGCCACCCCCGAGUACGUGGCAAAGUACAAAGCAGCAAUCCAAGCGAUGAGAGAUCUCCCAGAUGAACACCCACAUAGUUUCGUUCAACAAGCUAAAAUUCAUUGCGCUUAUUGCAACGGUGGUUAUACUCAAGUCGCGAGUGGUUAUGCUGAUAAGCAACUCCAGAUUCACAACUCAUGGCUCUUCUUUCCUUUCCAUCGUUGGUACUUGUAUUUCUACGAGAGAAUCCUCGGGAAGUUAAUUGAUGAUCCCACUUUCGCUUUACCUUACUGGAACUGGGACAAUCCCGCCGGAAUGUCAUUUCCAGCAUUUUUUGAAACCGACGGCAAGAGAAACCCUGUCUUUGACGCGUUCCGCAACGUCAACCAUGUAUCACCAGAAGUAGUUGUCGAUCUCGACUACAAUGGAUCAGAUAGUGGCGCUCCUUGUCUUCAACAGAUAAGCACCAAUCUUGCUGCAAUGUAUAAGCAGAUGGUCAGCAACGCUACUGACCCGUUAAGUUUCUUUGGUGGCGAGUUUCGGGCUGGAGAUGACCCCUUUGGAAAUAGUGACCCAUCUGUCGGAUCAAUAGAGGCUGGUUGUCACACUGCGAUGCACAGAUGGACAGGUAAUCCAAGAAUGCCAAACAACGAGGACAUGGGGAACUUCUACUCUGCGGGGUACGAUCCUGCGUUCUACGUCCACCAUGCAAAUGUUGACCGUAUGUGGAAAGUAUGGAAGGAUUUAGGCAUCAAAGGACACAAUGAACCUACAGACCCUGAUUGGCUUAAUGCAUCAUACGUGUUUUAUGAUGAAAACGAAGAGCUUGUACGUGUUUACAACAAAGAUUGUGUCCAAAUUGAAAACUUAAAAUAUGAUUUCGAAUUAUCUCCACUCCCGUGGCUGAAGAACAGACCGGUUGCACAUACCAAACCAGACACCACCACGAAACCUGUUGAAAAGGUUACAGUGCCGGACGUGAAGUUCCCCAUUAAGCUAGACAAGAUACAGAAGGUCCUUGUGAAGCGGCCAGCAAAAAACCGAAGCCAAUCAGAAAAGGAAAAAGCGACUGAGCAGUUGUUGAUCAAAGGAAUCAAGUUUAAUGUCUCCAAGUUCGUCAAGUUUGAUGUGUUUGUUAAUGACCAAGAUGAUGUUCCCGCAAGCUCUGCAUCCGAGAGCGAGUUUGCAGGUAGUUUCGCACAGUUGCCUCAUCACCAUGGCGGCCACAAAAAGUUAAUGACAAGUGCAGCAAGGUUCGGUUUAACAGAGCUUUUGGAGGACAUCGGAGCCGAGGAUGAUGAGUAUAUUUUGGUGACAUUGGUGCCAAAGGUAGGGGCCGAAGAUCUCACCAUUGACGAAAUCAAGGUGGAGUUGGUUCCUAUUGUUUAA